AUACGUACAUGAUGCCUGAAUCGCGAUUCAGUGCAUACGUAGCGUGAAAGCUGAAGCACUGCGGCGGGCAGAAAUUGCGUUACGUGUGUGACGGAACUCAUCGUAAUUGCAAUAUUCUAGUUUAACAAAAUGGCUAAAAUGGAAGGUCUUUCCCUAGCUGGGAUAAAAAAGCAUCCGAUGCUGCUCCCAUUAUUCUUCUGCAUUGCUGCAGGAGCAUGUGGAUCGGCAUUUUAUUUGAUACGCCUUGCCGCUCGUAAUCCCGAUGUUUCGUGGGUGCCAAAGAAAAAUCCUGAACCAUGGAACGAAUUUAAGGACAAGCAAUACAAGUUCCUCUCUCCUCAUUAUGGACAAAAUCCAAAAUCUCCAGCCCCAACAUACUAAGCGGAUAUUAUAUAUUCUAGUAUUAUUUGUAGCCAUUUAAGUCUAAGGUAUAUUAUUUUGUUAUGAAACUUGUGUCCAAUUUGCAUCAUUGAUAAGUGAUCAGCAAGACACGUAUAGUUUCAAUCUAUUUUUAUGUACACAGUUAAGUGAAAUAUAAAUAGACAAUAAAUGGACUUUUGAUUCUGCA